CUGCGCCUGGGCCGGACUAUUCACCGUCGCGGCGCCCGCGGGGAGACGGACUGGGGCGCGCUGGUGGCCGGCUGUUUCCCGGCCCUAGCGCAGUACAGAGGAGGCGGGUGCGCCGCCCUCCCCCAGCCGGGAAGAAUGUGCCACCAGCUGUCGUCCGCCCGCGAGCGCCUUGCCCAGAAGUGAGCAACUUGGAGGAAGAAGAGACAAAGGCUGAGGUCCGGACGCGAGAGUUGAGACUCGGGCGGACAAAGGUGCGAUGGUGGCGCGGCCGGCCGGCGGGCUGCAACCGCCCGCAGUGGCGCCGUGACACGCAUGGUUUCCCCUGACCCGCGCUGACUUCCGCGAGCUGGAGCUGCCGGGCGGGCUGCGGGAGCGCAGGAACAAUGGACAGCUUCUUCCCCGAGGGUACACGGGUCUGGCUGAGAGAAAAUGGCCAGCAUUUUCCAAGUACUGUAAAUUCCUGUGGAGAAGGCGUCGUAGUCUUCAGGACAGACUAUGGGCAGGUGUUCACCUACAAGCAGAGCACAAUCACCCACCAGAAGGUGACUACCAUGCACCCGAUGAAUGAGGAGGGCGUGGACGACAUGGCUUCCCUGACAGAGCUGCAUGGAGGCUCCAUCAUGUACAACUUAUUCCAGAGAUAUAAGAGAAAUCAAAUAUAUACCUACAUUGGCUCCAUCAUCGCCUCCGUGAACCCCUACCAGCCCAUCCCCGGCCUGUACGAGCGCGCCACCAUGGAACGGUACAGCAGGUGCCACCUGGGCGAGCUGCCCCCGCACAUCUUCGCCAUCGCCAACGAGUGCUACCGCUGCCUGUGGAAGCGCCACGACAACCAGUGCGUCCUCAUCAGCGGUGAAAGCGGGGCUGGGAAAACUGAAAGCACUAAACUGAUCCUCAAGUUUCUCUCGGUCAUCAGCCAACAGUCUUUGGACUUGUCUUUAAAAGAGAAGACAUCCUGUGUUGAGCAAGCUAUUCUUGAAAGCAGCCCCAUCAUGGAAGCAUUUGGCAAUGCCAAGACAGUGUACAACAACAACUCCAGUCGUUUCGGGAAGUUUGUGCAGCUGAGCAUCUGUCAGAAGGGGAAUAUUCAGGGCGGAAGAAUUGUAGAUUAUUUAUUAGAAAAAAACCGAGUAGUAAGGCAAAAUCCUGGGGAGAGGAAUUAUCACAUAUUCUAUGCGCUGCUGGCAGGGCUGGAACAGGGAGAGAGAGAAGAAUUUUAUUUAUCUGUGCCAGAAAAUUACCAUUACUUGAAUCAAUCUGGAUGUGCAGAAGACAAGACAACUAGUGACCGGGAAUCCUUUAGAGAAGUUAUUAUCGCAAUGGAGGUAAUGCAGUUCAGCAAGGAGGAAGUUCGGGAAGUUUUGAGGUUGCUUGCUGGUAUACUACAUCUGGGCAACAUAGAGUUCAUCACUGCUGGAGGGGCACAGGUUUCCUUCAAAACAGCUUUGGGCAGGUCUGCGGAGUUACUUGGGCUGGACCCAACACAGCUCACAGAUGCUCUGACCCAGAGAUCAAUGUUCCUCAGGGGAGAAGAGAUCCUCACGCCUCUCAGUGUUCAGCAGGCGGUUGACAGCAGAGACUCCUUGGCCAUGGCACUUUAUGCACGCUGCUUCGAGUGGGUGAUCAAGAAGAUCAACAGCAGGAUCAAGGGCAAAGAUGACUUCAAGUCUAUCGGCAUCCUUGACAUCUUCGGAUUUGAAAACUUCGAGGUUAACCACUUUGAGCAGUUCAAUAUCAACUAUGCAAACGAGAAGCUUCAGGAAUACUUCAACAAGCAUAUUUUUUCUUUGGAGCAACUAGAAUACAGCAGAGAAGGACUGGUGUGGGAAGAUAUUGACUGGAUAGACAAUGGAGAAUGCCUGGACUUGAUCGAGAAGAAACUUGGCCUCCUGGCCUUGAUCAAUGAAGAAAGCCAUUUUCCUCAAGCCACAGACAGUACCUUGUUGGAGAAGUUACACAAUCAGCACGCUAAUAACCACUUUUAUGUGAAGCCCCGAGUUGCAGUCAACAAUUUCGGAGUGAAACACUAUGCUGGAGAGGUGCAGUAUGAUGUCCGAGGCAUCUUGGAAAAGAACAGAGACACCUUUAGAGAUGACCUUCUCAACCUACUGAGAGAAAGCAGAUUUGACUUCAUCUAUGACCUCUUUGAGCAUGUCUCAAGCCGCAACAACCAGGACACCCUAAAAUGUGGAAGCAAACACCGGAGGCCCACCGUCAGCUCACAGUUCAAGGACUCCCUGCAUUCCUUAAUGGCAACACUAAGCUCUUCUAAUCCUUUCUUUGUUCGCUGCAUCAAGCCAAACAUGAAGAAGAUGCCAGACCAGUUCGAUCAGGCAGUUGUGCUAAACCAGCUCCGGUACUCUGGGAUGCUGGAGACCGUGAGGAUUCGCAAAGCUGGGUAUGCGGUCCGAAGACCCUUUCAGGAUUUUUACAAAAGGUAUAGAGUGCUGAUGCGGAACCUGGCUCUGCCCGAGGAUGUCCGAGGGAAGUGUACUGUGCUGCUGCAGCUCUACGAUGCUUCCAACAGCGAGUGGCAGCUGGGGAAGACCAAGGUGUUCUUGCGGGAAUCCUUGGAGCAGAAACUGGAGAAACGGCGGGAGGAGGAAGUUAACCAGGCAGUUAUGGUGAUUCAGGCCCAUAUCUUGGGCUACUUGGCACGAAAGCGCUAUAGAAAGGUCCUCUGUGGUGUGGUGAUCAUACAGAAGAAUUACAGAGCCUUCCUUAUGAGGAAGAGGUUUUUGCACCUGAAAAAUGCAACCGUCGUAUUCCAGAAGCAAGUCAGAGGGUGGCUGGCACGGAGAGUCUACAGACAGCUCCUGGCCGAGAAGCAGGAGGAAGAGAGGAAGAAGUGGGAGGAAGAAGAGAGGAAGAAACGGGAGCAAGAAGAAAGAGAAAGAGAGAGCGCUCAAAGAGAAGCCGAGCUCCGUGCCCAGCAGGAGGAAGCUGUCAGGAGGCAGCAAGAACUCGAGGCUCUGCAGAAGAGUCAGAAGGAAGCCGACUUGAGCCAUGAGCUGGAGAAGCAGAAGGAAAACAAGCAAGUGGAGGAGAUCCUGCGGCUGGAGAAGGAAAUCGAGGACCUGCAGCGCAUGAAGGAGCGGCAGGAGCUGUCCCUGACCGAGGCCUCUCUGCAGAAGCUGCAGCAGCUGCGGGACGAGGAGCUGCGCCGGCUGGAGGACGAGGCCUGCCGUGCGGCCCAGGAGUUCCUGGAGUCCCUCAACUUCGACGAGAUCGACGAGUGCGUCCGCAACAUCGAGCGCUCCCUGUCUGUGGGCUGUGAGUUGCCCGGGGAGCUCGGCGAACCAGCGGAGGGUGCCAGCGGAGAGAAGCCCAGCUUCAACUUCAGCCAGCCCUACCCCGAGGAGGAGGUGGACGAGGGUUUCGAGGCUGACGACGAUGCCUUCAAGGACUCGCCCAACCCCAGCGAGCAUGGCCAUUCUGACCAGCGGACAAGUGGCAUCCGGACGAGUGACGACUCCUCGGAGGAGGACCCCUACAUGAACGAAACGGUGGUGCCCAGCCCCAGCGCGGACAGCACGGUGCUGCUCGCCCCGUCGGUGCAGGACUCGGGCAGCCUGCACAACUCCUCCAGCGGGGAGUCCACCUACUGCAUGCCCCAGAGUGCUGGGGACCUGCCAUCCCCGGAUGGCGACUACGACUACGACCAGGACGAUUACGAGGAUGGCGCUAUUACCUCCGGCAGCAGCGUGACCUUCUCCAACUCCUACGGGAGCCAGUGGUCCCCGGACUACAGGUGCUCCGUGGGAACCUACAACAGCUCCGGAGCCUACCGGUUCAGCUCGGAAGGGGCGCAGUCCUCGUUUGAAGAUAGCGAAGAGGACUUUGACUCUCGGUUCGAUACAGAUGAUGAACUGUCUUACCGGCGAGACUCUGUGUACAGCUGUGUCACACUGCCUUAUUUCCACAGUUUCCUGUACAUGAAAGGUGGCUUAAUGAACUCCUGGAAGCGCCGCUGGUGUGUCCUCAAGGAUGAGACCUUCCUGUGGUUCCGUUCCAAGCAGGAGGCCCUCAAGCAAGGCUGGCUGCACAAGAAAGGUGGAGGCUCAUCCACACUGUCCAGAAGAAACUGGAAAAAGCGCUGGUUUGUCCUCCGGCAGUCCAAGCUGAUGUACUUUGAAAACGACAGUGAGGAAAAGCUCAAAGGCACCUUGGAAGUCCGGACGGCCAAGGAGAUCAUAGAUAACACCAGCAAAGAGAAUGGAAUUGAUAUCAUUAUGGCCGAUAGGACCUUCCACCUGAUUGCGGAGUCCCCAGAAGAUGCCAGCCAGUGGUUCAGUGUGCUGAGUCAGGUCCAUGCAUCCACAGACCAGGAGAUCCGGGAGAUGCAUGACGAGCAGGCAAACCCCCAGAAUGCUGUGGGCACAUUGGAUGUGGGGCUGAUCGAUUCUGUGUGUGCUUCUGAUAGCCCCGAUAGACCCAACUCAUUCGUGAUCAUCACAGCCAACCGGGUGCUCCACUGCAACGCUGACACACCAGAGGAGAUGCACCACUGGAUAACCCUGCUGCAGAGAUCCAAGGGGGACACCAGGGUGGAGGGCCAGGAGUUUAUCGUGAGAGGGUGGUUACAUAAAGAAGUGAAGAACAGUCCAAAGAUGUCCUCUCUAAAACUGAAGAAACGGUGGUUCGUGCUGACACACAAUUCCCUGGAUUACUACAAGAGCUCAGAGAAAAACGCACUGAAACUGGGCACGCUGGUCCUCAACAGUCUGUGCUCAGUUGUGCCUCCAGACGAGAAGAUAUUCAAAGAGACAGGCUAUUGGAAUAUAACCGUCUACGGGCGCAAGCACUGUUACCGGCUCUACACAAAACUGCUCAACGAGGCUACCAGGUGGUCCAGCGCCAUUCAAAAUGUGACUGACACCAAAGCCCCAAUUGACACACCCACCCAGCAGCUGAUCCAAGAUAUCAAGGAGAACUGCCUGAACUCGGAUGUAGUAGAGCAGAUUUACAAGCGGAACCCGAUCCUUCGAUACACGCAUCAUCCCCUACACUCCCCGCUUCUGCCUCUUCCCUACGGAGACAUAAAUCUCAACUUGCUCAAAGACAAAGGCUACACGACCCUUCAGGAUGAAGCCAUCAAGAUCUUCAAUUCCCUCCAGCAACUAGAAUCCAUGUCCGACCCUAUCCCCAUCAUCCAGGGCAUCCUGCAGACUGGGCAUGACCUGCGGCCUCUGCGGGAUGAGCUGUACUGUCAGCUCAUCAAACAGACCAACAAGGUGCCCCAUCCCGGCAGCGUGGGCAACCUAUACAGCUGGCAGAUCCUGACAUGCCUUAGCUGUACCUUCCUGCCCAGCCGAGGAAUCCUCAAGUACCUCAAGUUCCACCUGAAAAGAAUACGGGAACAGUUUCCAGGAACUGAGAUGGAAAAAUAUGCCCUCUUCAUCUAUGAAUCUCUAAAGAAGACCAAAUGCAGGGAGUUUGUGCCUUCCCGAGAUGAAAUUGAAGCUCUGAUCCACCGGCAAGAAAUGACGUCUGCGGUGUAUUGCCACGGUGGGGGCUCCUGCAAGAUUACCAUCAACUCCCACACCACAGCUGGGGAGGUGGUGGAGAAGCUGAUCCGGGGCCUGGCUAUGGAGGACAGCAGGAAUAUGUUUGCCUUGUUUGAGUACAACGGACACGUGGACAAGGCCAUUGAGAGCCGCACCAUCGUGGCUGAUGUUCUGGCAAAGUUUGAAAAGCUAGCUGCCACGUCAGAGGCAGGGGACUUGCCAUGGAAAUUCUACUUCAAACUUUACUGCUUCCUGGACACAGACAGCGUGCCAAAAGACAGUGUGGAAUUUGCGUUUAUGUUUGAACAGGCCCACGAAGCAGUCAUCCACGGCCACCAUCCAGCCCCUGAAGAGAACCUCCAGGUCCUUGCUGCCUUGCGGCUCCAGUACCUGCAAGGGGACUAUUCACUACAUGCUACAGUCCCACCCCUUGAGGAAGUUUAUUCUGUGCAGAGACUCAAGGCUCGCAUCAGUCAGUCAACCAAAAGCUUCACCCCAUGCGAGCGGCUGGAGAAGAGAAGGACCAGCUUUCUGGAGGGGACACUGAGGCGCAGCUUCCGGACUGGGGUGGUGGUGCGGCAGAAGAUGGAGGAGGAACAGAUGUUGGACAUGUGGAUCAAGGAAGAAGUCUGCUCUGCUCGAGCCAGCAUCAUUGACAAGUGGAAGAAAUUUCAGGGAAUGAACCAGGAACAAGCCAUGGCCAAGUACAUGACCUUGAUCAAGGAGUGGCCUGGCUAUGGGUCUACACUCUUUGAUGUGGAGUGCAAGGAAGGUGGCUUCCCCCAGGAGCUCUGGCUGGGUGUCAGCGCAGAUGCAGUGUCGGUCUACAAGCGUGGAGAAGGCAAACCAUUAGAAGUCUUCCAGUAUGAGCAUAUCCUCUCUUUCGGGGCACCCCUCGCCAACACAUACAAAAUUGUGGUUGAUGAACGGGAACUGCUCUUUGAGACCCCCGAGGUGGUGGAUGUGGCCAAGCUCAUGAAAGCCUACAUCAGCAUGAUCGUGAAGAAGCGCUACAGCACCACACGCUCUGUGAGCAGCCAAGGCAGCUCCAGGUGAAGACCAGUGAGCCCACGUGACUUUCACAGCCGAAUGUGCCACCCUCUGCCCAGGCCGGCACCAGGUCCUGACCGGGCUUGGAAACAGCUGCCCAUGUGGCAGCCAGUCGUUGGAGGGAGGAGUCUCCGGGAUUCCUUUCCCCUGUCAACUUCAGUGAUCAUGUAUUAAGCGGUCCACCUUAACCGUCUGCACAAUUCCAAAGCUUUACUACAUGUAGAUGAUACAUGCCUUAAAAAAGAAGGGGGAGAGAAACCAUGCUGCCACCAAAGCAGCCAGAAGUGCCUUAACUUGCGGAGCCGACCCUAACCGACCUUAACUGUGCUACUGAGGGAAGCCUUCCCCUUCUGUGGGAGCUUACAGAGCUUGGAAGCGGGACGCGGAUCCACUGAUUAUGCACUAACCUCCCAGCCUGAUUUCCCCAAAUAUGAGGGAAGGUGAGGGAGUGGGGAGGGAAGACAGCAGAAGGGGACAGUAUGUUUUAGUUGGAGCGCUGCUGGCGGCCUUCCUCAUGGACGUCUUUUUUUUUUUGGUUUUAUUUUUUAAAUGUCUGUGCUUGCCCAUGCAUGCAUUCAUUCAUAAAUUCAACACUUUAAUCAUUGUUUAAGGAGCAUUAAACACAAAGGGAAAAGGAUGUGCAAUGGUGUAAACAGUCUGUAUAUUUUAAUAGUUCAGAGUUAGAGUCUUCAGUGGUUACUUUAUAACGUGGUUUUAUUAACAAAUCAGAAUCCUGGAUUUUCCUGUCUUUGCUGUAUUUUGGAAAGAGACGUUUUGACUCAGUUUCGUUUUACAUGUAGCAAGGGCCAUGACCUGUGUCUGCUGAAUUACCAACAGGUCUGCUGCCUACAAGAUAACUGUAUUUAUAAGCCACUCUUAAACUGCUGGCUCCAGUGCCGUUUUUAGAACAAUAUGAAGUCAUUUUGGAGUCUUUCAUUUCUAUUAAGUUAAUUUUUGUUUUCUUUGAAGGGUAGCUUGUAUCACUCUGGAUAGAUUGCAGGUAUAACCAUGGGAGUGUGGAGAGAGCCCAUGAGUUCCCGAAAUGUAAUGUGCAAGAGAAACUCUAAAGGCCUUGACGUGGAAUGCACACAGCCUUUAGUCCCAAGUUUAUAAUGGUGGUCUGCACAAGGCACCUGUCAACACACGCUCAUUCAUGACCAGAAGAGAAAGAAUCUGGAUUUGGGCUUUUAUUUUUAUAUGGAAAUGAUAUAAAGACCUGGGCCAAUUAAGUCUACUCAUAAAGGAGAGUUAAAUUUGCCUUAUGCCUUCUGGACUCUGCGAUGGUGGUGUUUGCUGGCUCACACAAAGUCUGACAAUAAAAAAUAUUAGCUAA